GGUAACACAAACUGUUGUGGCUGUUGCGCGUCAACCCAUCGUCUGCUUUGCUGCCCUUGUGGUGUGGUUUAGUGGAAGCAACAGCGUUGUUACCAUCUGUGAAUUGCAUCUUAGCUAGAAGCAUCGAAUCAAGAUAGACGACCAUGCAGAUCUUCGUGAAGACCUUGACGGGCAAGACCAUCACUCUUGAUGUGGAGCCCAGUGACACCAUUGAUAAUGUGAAGACAAAGAUCCAGGAUAAAGAGGGUAUCCCACCGGAUCAACAGCGUUUGAUUUUUGCUGGAAAGCAGCUGGAGGAUGGGCGCACCCUCAGUGACUACAAUAUCCAAAAGGAAUCCACGCUUCACUUGGUUCUAAGGCUUCGUGGAGGCGGAAAGAAGAGAAAGAAGAAGGUCUACACUAAGCCAAAGAAGGUCAAGCGAACCAACAAGACAAUAGCUCUUCAAACCCUCAAAUACUAUCGGGUUGAGAGUGACGGCAAGGUGACACGCCUUCGCAAAUACUCUCCUGUUGCUGGAAUUGGUUGCUUCAUGGCUCAGCACCAUGAUCGCUACUACUGCGGAAAAACUGGGACCACUUUCUUGUAUGAUGACAUGAAGGAGUAAGGCACUAGAACCGAACCGAAAUCACCAUUAGUUUUAACCAAUUUCGAACAACGCAGAAAGCACAGGUUAUUGUCCUUUGUAUGAAGCGUGGAUGCCAGUAUAAGCAUAAAGUGUGGUCCCUACUACUAGACUAGGCAGGAUUUCAAGGAUCCUUUCACUUCGCAAGUUCAAUCCUCCGUACAGCUGUAGCAUAUUGAUUGCUGGGCGGAGGGGAAGAUGAAAGUCAUGCACCUUUGGUGGUAAAAGGUUCCAAAGAUAUAGAAACUAACUUCGAAAGGGUAGAGGCAGCAGAUGAGCAAUCGGGCUGCGCAAGCUCGAGAGAUAGUAG